AUGCUACGCGAACGAUUGCUCCGCUUCGUGCUAAAAGUUUCCUAUUACAACUCACUUGCGGUGGGUUUGCUGCCAGCGCCGCUAGACAAAAAGACAUACAAAUUCCAAUCCACACGGGUAUACCUCGCGCAUAGCGCCUUCUCACAUGUUUUCUACAUAGUGGCCAGUGCAUGUGCCAGCUUAUAUUAUUUCCAUUUUGGCUCUAUGAAGUUUCAUCUGGUAUUGCAAUGGACUAGCAGCAUAGCGAAUGUAACGAAAAAUCUCUUCAUUAUAGUUUUGAUCAAGGAGAUAUGGUGCAAAAGACGUUGCGUUAUGGAAGCUUUUGCGGACUAUUUUGAGCUGGAAGCACGACACGAAGCAUUUCUAUGUGAACAUCAAUACAAAGUAACAGAAGAAAAUGGCACCGAGUAUGUAAUCCAGAGCGAAAACGGAAGUACAAGGAAUGUCAGCUCGGAUUGCGAAUCAGCGCAGGAAAAUGAGAUAAACAUCAAAUACUUGAAGCGCUACAUUGCCAACCUCAUCAUUUGCAAACUCUUUCUUGGCUAUGGGCUUCUUCUCUUGAACGCUUAUAUUUUUAUAAGUCAUAAUCCAGGUAGCGAUCCGUGGUACCCACCCAUCACCUUUAUCUCAUACGUAUUGAACACUUUUGGCCUUACCGUUUCUGGACAUUUCUUCUACGUAUUCUGCCAACUUUAUCGACAGUUUGCGCAAAUAAACUCACAGCUGCAUUCGUUGUUGGAGCAACUCCAUCAACACCAAAGACCGAAUGAUGUCGUAGCAACAGUUUUUGCCCGGCGUAUUAACUCUCUGGCCACAUUGCAUCUGGAUGGCUACCGUCUGGCACAACGUAUUUUCACCAUCGGAGAGCUGACACUGGCCGCUUUGUUGUUGCGCCUAUUUGCUGUUAACAUGCGUACGGUUUAUAGUGUUUGUCUCUUUCUUGGGCAAAAGUCGAUUUGGAGUUUAUGGCCCUUGGUCAAUGAACUCUUGUACACUUUCGCGGCAUUUGUUAAUACGAUAAUGGUAAUGGGUAUACUGGAUGCGGCGUUGGAGAAAUGCAAUCAUACUGGACAAGUACUGAGAGCGUAUGUGGAUUUGGUGGAAAUGCACGAUGCUGAGUGUUUGAGAAAAGCGCUGGACUCAUUUGCAGCCCAUCUCAGCACUCAUAAGCUUCGUUACAAAGUUUGUGGCCUCUUCGAAUUCAAUAAAGGAUCAUCGUUGCACUUCUUUAUGAUGGUAUUGGUAAAAGUAACGGUACUAGUGCAAUUCGAUAUGCAAAACAAGUUGAAGGCGUAA